GCUUGAGCUACACCUCGGCUCAGCGCAGCAUCAUCAACAACCUCUCGCUCCGUACACGGCAGACCGAGAGAGAUCGAGGCGCUGAGAGUGUACUAUAAUGGCGCCGAAGAGCCUUGUCCUCGCCGCGGUGCUCCUCGUCGCCGUCGCCGCCGGGGAGGUGCCCCGCUGCGCGGGGUUGGGGGCGAGCUCCACCAACGCCAGUGUCGUCAUCUCCGGCAUGGUACCGUGCUCCACGGGGAACAACAUCAACGUGGCGACGGCACCGGCGCCGUUCCCUAACGCAGCCGUGCAGCUCCAGUGCAACGGCAGGGUGGUGGCCGGCACGACAGCGGACGGGAACGGGAACUUCGUCAUCAGCAUGCCCGGUGCCAGCAAGGACCUGCUCACCGCUGUAAUGGGCAACCAGUGCAAAGUGGUCGUGAGCACCCCGCUGGCCGCCUGCGACGCGUCCUUGGCCGGCGCCACCGGGACGCUGUCAUCGUCGCUGAAGUUACUGGGCAUCAGCACCGGUGGUAGCGGCGGCGGCGGCGGCCUCGAUCUCGGUGGGAUCAUCAACGUCAUCGUCCAGAUCCUCAGCGGCGUCCUUGGCGGCAUCUUCACCCUCGCUCCCCAGGCCUUCUCACUCGUCUAGACAGCUCGAUCACUGGAGCUAGUACAGGUCUGGCCGUGGCCGUGUCGAUCUAUCGACGCCGCGAAAUAAUUAUCGUAAAUCACUAAGCAUAAAUUAAAUCAAUACGUGUAGCAGGCAUGAUGAUAUAUGUUCACCUGGCCUGCUUUACUUUGUGUCGCCACAGCAUCACGUGUUACGUUUGCUAUACAUUAGCCACCUACCCGUACCACGCAAGGCAUGCUUCUGAGAAGCACUUAUAUAUAUCUAUAUUGUGAAACUUCUAUUUGUUGCCUCGUCUCUUGUUUGUGAGAAUCAAACCUAUGUUUGCUUCAAA